AUGCAUCUGCUUGCUGCAGUGUCGCUGCUGGCCUGUGCGACAGCCCAGGCCCACGCUUUCUCAGAUUCAUCACCGUUCGUCUUGUUCUCAACGGCGAAGUACGUCAACCUCUCCUUGCCUCCCUACACAACCGUUCUCACCCCUCACCCUCUAUCCGGGGAAACCAAAGCAGCUCCCAACACCCCUCAGCUUCAGACAGCCGACUCCGUUUUCACCUCAGUGAAGCAACUCCUCGCAAAAUGCCCAACCCGGCGGUAUAUUCUCGUCUCGCAGCCUAACGUCCAUGCGGCUGAUCUCCGGAAAAACAUUAACGACGAAACCAGCAGCGGUGGUUGCCUCAUGCCGAACCUCUGUCGUACUGUCUCCUCCAUGGAUAAAAGCAAGGUGUUUAGUGUCGCCGAGGUGAUUGGCCAGCUGUCUGUGCAAUCGCUGGCCGAGUAUAUUGAGGACGUGUGCGCUAAGCAACGUGCCGUGGACGUCGAAGUUGAAAAGUUAGGCUUGAAGCAUCUGCCGGCCGUAGGGAGCGCGGACGAAGAACGGAAAUUGAUCCUGGGGGACAAUGACCACGAGCUUGGACGCUUGUUGGAAGCUCUGGAUGACGACUACACAGUUAUAAUGUUCUCAGACUCCAACGAGUUUACGCCGUACCAGCCAAAGUUCAGCUCUCCUGUUGUCGACGCAAACCUGAAGCAGAAACGUUGGUCUGCGGAGCCUGAGAAAAUCGUUCCCGUGAAUAGAAAAGCCAAGUUUACGGCGGAUAAGAGAUCUCUAUUUGAAAAGUAUCAAUUCUUCACCCCAGGAGUAUUCAUGGCACUGAUCACACUAUUUAUCCUUCUAUCUAUCCUUGGAGCGGGACUUAAGGCCAUCGCGAGCCUUCAGGUCUCGUAUGGUGCCUUUGACAAGGAGAUGGGGCCUGCGGCACAGAAGAAGCAGAUGUAG